AUGCAGUAUCCGCGCUUGCUCGCUUUCGCUAUACUCGCCGUCAACAAUGUUGGCGGCGUACUCAGCGCCGCCGUCGCUGAGCGAGCUGUCCAUGCUCGCGCUGCCAGCGGGAGGACGACACCCCUGCUCAAGGAUUUUAAGGGACAGCCUCCGUUGCCGACUCUUGCGUCGGUUGAGGCUGCAAACGGAACCUUGGAUCUCACAAAUAUCCAGGGCGAUAUCCUGGUCGGCAUGAAGAAGCCCGUUGAAAGUUUUUUCUUCUUCCACAUCAACGAUCCUGCUCAGUUCAAGACCGAUAUGAAGAACCAGCUUUCGGUCAUUGCCUCGGUGGCCACCUUGAUCUCUCCCCCCGCUCAGCAGCCUGCCGCAUAUGUCAAUGUUGCGUUUUCUCAGAGCGGCCUGACCACGCUCGGGAUCACAGAUGACCUCGGUGACGCCGCCUUCACCACCGGUCAAUUCGCGGACGCUGAGAACUUGAAUGACGACAUCACGCAAUGGCAGUCCGAGUUUAAGGGUACCAACAUUCACGGCGUCUUCCUCGUCUGCAGCGACGUCGGUACGAACAUCGAGAGCGUAUUCAACAGCUCGAUUCAGGUCUUGAUGAAUUCCACCUCCAUCGUGUUCCAACUCGAUGGCGCUGCUCGCCCCGGUGAUCAGGCUGGCCACGAGCACUUCGGGUACUUGGACGGCAUCUCCAACCCGGGUAUCACAGACUUCACCACGAAUCCCUUCCCGGGCCAAUCCGUCGUUCAAAACGGCAUCCUUCUCCUCGGAGAGGACGGCGACACGAUCACGCGCCCGGCAUGGGCCGUCGACGGCUCCUUCCUCGCCUUCCGCAAGCUCAGACAGUUCGUGCCCGAGUACAACAAGUUCCUCCUCGACAACGCCGUUCAGAGCCCCGCCGGCAAUCUCACCCAGCAGCAGGGCGCCGAUCUCCUCGGUGCCCGCCUGAUCGGACGCUGGCCCAGCGGCGCCCCCGUCGACCUUACCCCGAUGGCCGACGACCCCGAGCUCGGCGCGGACGCCACCCGCAACAACAACUUCGACUACACCCACCCCGACUCGAACAUCACGAGCGACCAGUCGCACUGCCCGUUCACCGCGCACCUCCGCAAGGUGCGCCCGCGCGCCGACCUGAAUGACACGAACGUCAUCAACCAGGCGAUCCGCGCCGGCCUGCCUUAUGGCCCCGAAGUGACGGCCGAGGAGGCCGCUUCGAAUACGUCGUCGAUCGACCGCGGCCUCGCCUUCGUCAUGUACCAAUCGAACAUUGAGAACGGUUUCCGCUUCCAGCAGACGAAGUGGUCCAGCAACGCCAACUUCAUUUUCGGCAAGAACAUCACUUCCGUGGGUCUCGAUCUCGUCAUCGGCCAGGCCGGCCCCGGCCUCACGCGCAACAACACCGGCUUGGACCCGACCAACUUCAACAAGGUCAUCGUCCAGACCCCGACCGUCGUUUCCAACGGCGGCGAGUACUUCUUCUCCCCUUCAAUCUCGGCGCUACAAAACACCAUCUUGGCUUAG